AUGUGCCCUACUCCUGACGUCCCGGCCUCCAAUGGCCACUCCAAUGGCUCUAAUGGCCAUGCGAACGGCUCCAAUGGCACAGCCAACGGCAUCAAGGCUGACCACCCCGGCUUCACUGCGAUUCCUACCAAGCAGAAGCACAGCAACCCGUACCAGCCGGUUGGCGAUUUCCUCAGCAACGUUGACAGAUACAAGAUUAUCGAGUCCACUCUGAGGGAGGGUGAGCAGUUCGCCAACGCCUUCUUCGACACGGAGACCAAGAUCAAGAUUGCCAAGGCCCUCGACGACUUUGGUGUCGACUACAUUGAGCUUACUUCGCCCGCUGCCUCUGAGCAGUCACGCAAGGACUGCGAAGCAAUUUGCAAGCUCGGCCUCAAGUCCAAGAUCCUGACUCAUGUCCGCUGCCACGUAAGAGCCCCUGCCUCGGCAUGCCUCAACAAAGCAAAGACUAACAUUGAACAGAUGGACGACGCCCGCCUCGCUGUCGAGACCGGUGUUGACGGUGUCGAUGUCGUCAUUGGCACUUCUUCGUACCUCCGCGAGCACUCUCACGGCAAGGACAUGACCUACAUCAUCAACACUGCCAUUGAGGUUAUCCAGUUCGUCAAGUCCAAGGGCCUCGAGAUUCGCUUCUCAUCUGAGGACUCUUUCCGUUCCGACCUCGUCGAUCUGCUCUCCGUCUACAGCGCCGUCGACAAGGUUGGUGUUCACAGAGUCGGCAUUGCCGACACCGUCGGCUGCGCCAGCCCCAGACAAGUGUACGACCUUGUCCGCACCCUGAGAGGUGUCGUCAGCUGCGAUAUUGAGACUCACUUCCACAACGAUACUGGAUGCGCCAUCGCUAAUGCCUACUGCGCGCUCGAGGCCGGUGCUACCCACAUCGACACCUCCGUCAUCGGUAUCGGUGAGCGCAACGGUAUCACCCCCCUCGGUGGUCUGAUGGCCCGCAUGAUCGUCGCCGCUCCCGACUACACCAAAUCCAAGUACAAGCUGCACAAACUCAAGGAGCUUGAGGAUCUUGUCGCCGAAGCUGUCGAGAUCAACAUUCCAUUCAACAACUACAUCACCGGUUUCUGUGCCUUCACCCACAAGGCCGGUAUUCACGCCAAGGCCAUUCUUAACAACCCUAGCACAUAUGAGAUCAUCAACCCCGCCGACUUUGGCAUGAGCAGAUACGUCCACUUCGCAUCAAGAUUGACUGGAUGGAACGCCAUCAAGAGCCGUGUUGAGCAGCUUGGUCUCACCAUGACCGACGCCCAGGUCAAGAUUGUCACUCAGAAGAUCAAGGCCCUGGCAGACGUCAGGCCGAUUGCCAUUGACGAUGCCGACUCCAUCAUUCGUACUUUCCACUUGAACAUUACGGAGGGUGAGGAGAAGCCGCUGUUGCCCAACUUGACGGCUGAGGAGCAGGCCAAGUUCGAGAAGGCGGAGAGGGAGCUUGCUGGCGAGCCUGAGAAGCGUGCUUUGGAUGAUGCCGCAGCGGAACCCGCGGCCAAGAAGGUUAAGGCGUAA